UCCCAUCUGAUUAGUUUAGUUAGUUGCCUCUCUCUCUCUCUCUCUUUCAUUAAUCAUCCUGAUCCAACCAACAACCCAAAGAAGAAGAAGAAGAAGAAAAAAAAAAGAUGAAAUCUUCAAGUAGAAGAAAGGCUCUACAGCCCAGAAACAUCUUCCUAACCCCAAAAGAGGAGGAGGAUACUUUUGUUAAACCAAAAGCAGCUACAGAGCUGAAGAAGAAGAAGAAGGAGAAUCUGAAACUGAAUCUUGACACAAUAAUCGAUGCUUCUCUUGCGGAGGAGCUGAGCGCUUUCAAGAAGAAACUAGAGAGGAUGAGAGAAGAUCGUGAACGAACUGAGAAGCUUCUCACGGAGAAAGAUGUAGCCAUGGAUCUUCAGAUGAGCCAUCUUUUACAGAGAGGAGAUACACAGAAAAGCCUUGAAAUCCAAGUCGAUCGUCUCUUCCGAUUGAAAGAGCUCCACGCCUAUUCCUCCAAGAUUUCUCCAAUCCGAUCUUUGAGAGCAAAGGAGCAUGAGAAGAAGAAGAAGAAGAUGAGACGUUUCAGCUCUGAACCAGAAGAAGAAGAAGAAGAAAGCUCAGUGAAGAAGAAUCUUGAGAACGAUAUCAUCAUCGCAAAUGAGGCGGCGUGAAUGAAAUGCAAAUACAGAAGCAAGCAAAUCAGGAGCAGAGCACAACCGAGGAGGAUCAGAGUUUGCCUUGCACGACGACGAAGAUUGCAAAGGAAGAGUUUUUUUUCUCCCUUGUCACUGUUGUUGAAAUCUCCCUGCAGAAUGACUCAGUGGACUUGGCACUAAGGAGGUCAUUCAAGAGAAGGAUUUAGAGAGUCUUUACCUUUUAGCUUUUUUCUUCAUGAUUGAAUCUUGUUAUGCUCUUUUUUCAUCUUGAAGUUUCUUUGAUGUUGCUAUAUUUGUUGAACCCUCACAUUUACACACGAGUAUAUAUAUAUACAUCUUUUAGAGAU